AUGAAUCCCAUGCCUCUGAGCCCGCUGUUCUUUGCUACGUGGCUGGCCGAGAAUGAAGACCAGCUGCGGCCGCCGGUGAACAACUACUGCCUCUAUCAGGGCAACGACUUUAUCCUGAUGGCAGUGGGCGGGCCCAACGAACGCAACGACUACCACGUCAACGAAACCGAAGUAUGUCUCCAGCCGUCGUGGUGCUCGCGUGAAGCUAAUGAGCAGGAAUGGUUCUACCAAGUCAAAGGCGACAUGCUCCUGAGGGUCGUCGAGAACAACGCCUUUCGCGACAUCCCUAUCAAAGAAGGGGAGAUGUUCCUCCUUCCUGGUAUGUGUCCCGUCUCGCUUGGGGAAUCACAGGCCAAUAUCAAUGGCUCAGGAAACACACCCCAUAACCCCGUCAGAUUCAAAGACACCAUCGGUCUCGUCAUGGAACGACAACGACCAGCCGGGUCGCGCGAUCGUCUGCGAUGGUACUGCACCAAGGGCGACCAUGCCUCCCCGACAAUCAUCCGAGAAGAGGUCUUCCACUGCUCCGAUCUGGGCACGCAACUGAAGCCGAUUAUUGAGCAAUGGCAGCAAGACGAGGAUGGUCGACGGUGUGCAGAGUGUAGCUGUAUUGCAGAUCCGAAAUGA